AAAUGAUGAAAUCCAGGCGAGAACAAUAUUUGAAUCAGUAUACAAAAAUCGUUUACAAUAAGCUAUUUGAACAUUUUCAACCACCUUUUGCGCCAAUCGCGCAAGUAAAAGUGCCGCACAUAAUUCGAGGCGUGUUAAAGACACUGUUUUUAUAGGAGCUACCUUAGACUUCGCACAAAUAAGACGGACAAUAUGUUGGCCUUGUUCAUUAGUGGUGCAUAAAUAUAACGCUGCUCCAUACGCACGAAUGGAACUGUUUGAGAUGUGGCCCGAAGGAGACAGAAUUAAAGUUAAGUAUGAAGGCAAAAUAGGGUAGAAGAUUGUGACCAACUCCUAAGCGGGAAAAAUCAACUUUAGAUUGCCUCAAACUUUGUUAAAUUGUACCGAUCAAUCACUCCAUAUCUCUCAAAUCUUCCCUGGUCCAAUCGUCUUGAUCUCCCCCGCAAAUCUAAUUUGGAUUAAAAUAUUAAAAUUAAAAUUAUGAUAUUCUAAAAUAUUUAUUCAUAUUUAUUAUUAUAUUAUGUUAAUUUAAAUAUUUUAUUUACAAUAGUUAUGUUUUUAGCUUACAUUCAGAUAUAUUUUUUUUAAUGUGUAGUAAAUUAUUUUAUAUUAAAGCCUUUACUAUUAAUUAUAAUCGAGAAAUAUUGGAUUUACAUUUAAUAAACAUCGAGAAAUCAGUUAUAUCAUCUUAUUUAGUCUUUUAUCUCCAAAGAAAUAUUUUGGAAAAAAAAUGUUUAUUCGUAUUAUGUUGCCAUAGUGAUUAACAAUUAGUAAACUUUAAUAAAUUGCAUUGAAAAAAUUAAACAAUAAAAGCUAAAUAAAGCUAAGACUUCUCAUUAAAUAUUUAUCAUGGAAGGUGACUCAAUACAUGAAAUAAAUCAUGAAGAACUACCUCAAGAUAGUAUCGACACAUAUAUUAAAGAUCUUGAAGAUAUUAUUCAAGAAAAUGAAUUACCCAAAAAUUCUCCUAAUUGGAUAGUUGCUUCAUUAGAUGAUGUUUUUAUGUGGAUACAAAAACAUUUAAACAGAUUUUUCAAAUCUGAUCAAAUUUUGUCAACUAAACAGCUUAAAAAACAAAUAAAAAUCACUAAAUUAAAUGAUAUGAUAAACCAUCAUAAAAAUAUACAUUCAACUUAUGAAUAUAAAUUGAAAAAAAAAAUUUUUUUUUAUCAAAAUACAAUUAAAAGCUUAGAGGCAAACAUUUCAAAAGUUCUUGAAGAUAAUAGAAAAUCACAGGAUUCUGUGAAAUCAUAUUCAACCCAUGCUACAAUGGAGCUAGAAAAAAUAAAUGAUGUAAUGAAAGAAAUGGAAAUAGAUACUAAAUUUGAGAAUAAUCAAAAGAUGCUACAAAAAAUCACUAAAUCAAAUGAUUUCAUAAACCAUCUUAAAAAUAUGCUUUCAACGUAUGAAUCCGAAGUGGUAGAAAAAGAAAACAUUUAUAUAAAUACAAUAAAAAGAUUUGAGUCAAAAAAUGUAAAACUCGUUGAAGAGAAUGUGAACUUACUGGAUGAUUUGACAUUAUUUUUAACCCAUACUGAAAUUGAGCUAGAAAAAAAAAAUGCUGUAAUAAAAGAAAUGGAAAUAGAUACAAAAAUUAAGGAAAAUCAAAUUAAAACUUUGAAAGAAGACACUAAAUUAUUAUACAAAGAGAAGACCUCAUUAGAGAAACAUAUUGAAAGCUUAAAAGAAAAUGAAAAUUUAUUACAUAAUAAAUUGUCUAAUGCAUUGUCAGAAAUUGAAAAAAAACAAGAAACGGUUAAAGAAAUUGAAACUUUGGGGGUACAAUUAAGAGCUGAAAUUCAGCCAUUAGAAUAUAUGAAAAAUUCUUUAAAAAAAAAAUUAGGGUAUUCUAAAAACUGUAAUAAAAUACAGUCUGAAAAAAUUAAGUAUUUAGAAAGUAACAACAUUGAACUUUUAAAUGAAUGUAAUAUCUUAAAAGAGGACAAAAAAAUUUUAGAAGAUAGAAUAGAUAUAUUAAUUAAAAAUGAAAUAUCUGAUAAAAAUUACAUCGAGACACUUACCAAUACAAUACGAGAAGAACAUUAUACCCAACAAGAGAUGCUACAGAAAAUCACUAAAUUAAAUGAUUCGAAAAACCAUCUUAAAAUUAUGCAUUCAACUUAUGAAUCCGAAAUGGUAGAAAAAGAAAACAUUUAUCAAAAUAUAAUAAAAAGCUUUGAAUCAAAAAAAGUAAAAUUCGUUGAAGAAAAUAUGAACUUCCUGGAUGAUAUGACAUUAUUUUUGACACAUACUGAAAUGGAGCUAGAAAAAAAAAAUUCCGUACUAAAGGAAAUGGAAAUAUGUACUAAAUUUAAAGAAAAUCAAAUUAAAGCUUUAAGAAAAGUCCAAAAAAAUUUAGAAAAUAGAAUAGAUACAUUAGUUAAAAAUGAAAUAUCUGAUAAAAAUUACAUUGAAACACAUACCAAUACAAUAAAGGAAAUGGUAGAAAAAGUAAACUUUUAUGAAAAUAUAAUAAAAAGCUUUGAGUCAAAAAAUGUAAAACUCAAUGAAGAAAAUAUGAAUUUACUGCUUGAAACUGUAAGUCAAAUAUCUCAAAUAAAGAUAUUAGAAGAUAAAAUACAUGAUUUUCAGUCUAAAGAACAGAAACAAUUAGAAAGCCAGAAUUUAGCUAUUGGACACUUUAAACAACAAUUAAAAAGUGCAGAAGACGUUCUAUUAGAACAAAAGACUCGAGCUGAACAAGAUAAUGAAGUUUUUAAAUUGAAGGUUUUAGAACUUCAAAAACAACUUAAACAAUAUAAACAAAAAUAUCAUAAAAUUUCAGAAGACUAUGAAACAUUAAAAUUAAGUGGAAUCCAGGAUACUGAUAUUAAACUACAAAUACAAUUAGAAAAAACAGAAAAAGAAGUAAUCGAGUGGCAAAAAAAAUAUAAUGAUUCCUUGUUUGAAAAUCGUAACGUUCAAAAUAAGCUGGAAAGUUUGGAUGCUGAAUUUCAACACUUACAACAUAAAAUGAAUGAAAUGCAAAACAAGCUAUUCCUCAAUGAAUGUGAGAAAUAUAAAUUAAAAAGUGACAUUAAGGAUUUUACACUUCCAGAAGAAUUAAAACAAAGACAAUCUAGUUUAAUUAUAAAUUUGGAGGUAGAAAAUGCAAAAUUAACAAGCAAAGUAAUCGAAUACCGUGAAAAAUACAACAAACUUAAAGCAUAUUUAGAAGAAGUUAAAUCAAUGAUAACAAGUCAAAAUAUAAAAAAAGUAUUAGAAGAUAAUAUUGAUCUCUGUAAAACAAAGAAAACUUUACAAAAGCAAGUGAUUGAUUUGCAAAGCUAUGCUAAAGAAUUAAGUAAUAAAUUGAGUGAAAAAGUAAACAAUGAUUUUCUGUAAACUUAAUUCUUAAAUUUCAAAAAAAAAAUAUCACUUAUCUACAGUCUGCUACUACUAGCUCGUGGUAAAGACAAGCUAUUAAGACUUUUUAUUCUUGAGCUUGAAGAUGGCCUUCUUAAAAGUACAAUGAAAAAACUAUGUGGUAAACAAUUUUAGUUAUUUGUGUAAUUGCUACAAGACGUAUGAAAUGGGCUGCAGAAAGAUAUACUGGAAAUCAAUUAGUUAUUUGUGUAAUUGCUAUAAGAUUUAUGAAAAUUACUGUGGAAAGAUAUACCGGAAAUCAAUUAGAUAAAACACAAUAUAAUUUACCAAAAAAAAAAUGCCUUGGAUUACAUAGAUCAAAGACUUGAUAACACUAGAUCAAGGUCACUUUAAACAGCCGUUACCCUUAGAUUGAGAUAAAUCUUAAAUCAUUUGAAACGUCCCGCAAUAGGCGCAAGUCAGCCAACUUCAACAUGCCCUAAAUGUAUGUUUUUCAUUAUAAAUUACUGGACAUUGACUUUUAUGAGAUGGUCACUGUGUGUUUUUUUUUUUGCGUGUAUUCAAUUUAUAUACAUUAAUUCUUCUAGCAUGCAUGUUUAACUUAAAUUAAGGCACCUAUUGUAAAUGUAU